AGUUGCUGUCUGUCAGAGUGACUCUCCCUCUCUCUCUGCUGUAGGACUCGUGUACACGUGGAACUCUUCUGCGCGUGCUGCUUGUUUCCCUGGGUCCGUUUGGUUUUAACGCAUUCAGUCAAUCUUCCUCUCUCGACCACAUCCGUAGGACUUGAUACGUGCCCGACGAUGCUGGAUACGUUUACAGAAAAGACAAUAAAGUAAUUUCGCGACUUUUUGUAUUUUUCCAUAAACAUAUGGUAUUUUUCAACUAAUCAUCGGAAGUGACGCAGGAAUGAAUCCACAUUUGACAGCAUUUACUUCGGAUUAGUGUGUUUUUUUUGGGAAAUUUUGCGGGCGGCUGCUAAUGUUGCUCAGCUUCAGUGAGCAAGCACAGCUACGCUAUAGUGGUGGAGGACUUUUUAUAGAAUGUAAUCUAAUUUAUCGUCGAUUGUCUUUCGAACCGCAGAUUCUCUCCAAAAGACCUAAAAACGUGCAUGCUAAUAUCCUGAACUAUAUCAUAUUUCAGUCCACGGUCAACUGUACAUGAACGUUGCAUCUCGGUUGCGGCUGCAAAUGGUGUCGACUGGUUAGAGAUCUAACAUUUUGUGCAUCACCAGUGGAGGUGAUUUCUCAUCUAAUAAUGUAGAAGUAAUUCUCAAAUAAUGUAUUCAUACAUGCAGCUCACGCAUAUCGCUUGCAGGAGGAUGUCCGGUUAGAUCAGUCACAGUGGACUGUUUUAUAUAUGGAGGGAACGGUAGUGCCUUUUUUUUUUUUUUUUUGCCUAUUUAGAUGGUAAAUCACGCAAGUCCUGGUGUUAAGUCAUUCGAUUGUAAAGAGGCAGGUUACACUGGUUACUAUUGCUCCUCCUUUUGUUCGCCUUUGCGCUUGACAUCUUCAUCGUCCAUUAUUUUGAUUGUGAAGACCUCAACACUGAAUUGACUACUCAUGCUAUGAUCAUAUAGUGUCAGGAAUUCAAAUACUUCCUAUACAGAAUUGCUGUGAAAUGCCUCUACUGUAAUCAAGACUCUGUUACUUGAACUGCUCUCCAAGGAGACCUAUCGAGACUUGACAUCCAUUGACUGGUCUGGCUUGCGCAGAAGACUGCCUGCUCCACCAUGCGCCUGUCUCCCUUCCUGGCUGUUUUCCGGCCUGCUCUGCCCCUCAUUCUGGGCCUCUCUUUGGGCUGUAGCCUCAGUCUCCUGAUGGUGUCCUGGUCACAGGGGGACACCGAUGAGGCUUGUGGAGAUGAACUGGGAAAUGGGAGACUCGUACACAGUGGUCAUAUCAGGGAUCUCCAGGAUGGCCAAGAUGGGGAUGGGAAUGAGGACUUCCAGCCUCGCAUUGUGCCCUAUCACAAGGACCCCAACAAACCACACAAGAAAGUUCUCAGGACUCGCUAUAUCCACACGGAGCUGGGCAUCCGAGAACGGCUUCUGGUGGGCAUCCUGAGCUCACGCGCCACUCUGAAUACGCUAGGGGUGGCAGUCAAUAAAACGGUAGCUCACCAUUUUCACCGUACCUUCUUUUUCACUGGCCUACGGAGUGCAAAGGCACCGCACGGCAUGGCUGUUGUUGCUCAUGGUGAUGAUCGACCCGUAUGGCUGAUGUAUGAAACUAUACGGCACCUUCACCAACACCACGGCAAUGAAUAUGACUGGUUUUACCUUGCACAAGAUGAUACGUACACACAAGCUGAAAGGGUCAUGGAGCUGGUUAAUCAUCUCAGUGCGGGACAGGAUAUGUACAUGGGACGAGCAGAGGAGUUUAUCGGGGGUGAAGAACGUGCCCGAUAUUGCCAUGGUGGAUAUGGGUAUCUGUUGUCGCGUAGCUUGCUAGCCCGACUGCAGCCCCACCUGGACUCUUGUCGAAAUGACAUCCUCAGCGUCAGGCCAGAUGAGUGGCUUGGUCGCUGCAUCAUCGAUUACCUGGGUCUUAGCUGUGUGGAGAAGCAUCAGGAGAUGACCUACCGUUACUUUGAGCUGCAGAAGAACGUGGACCCUGAGCGCGAGGACAGUGCACAGUUUAAAGGCGCCUUCACCGUCCACCCCGUCUCUGAACCCUUCCUGAUGUAUCGCCUACACAAACGCUACAACCAGAUUGAACUGGACUGGACCUAUGCACAAAUUCAGCAGUUACAGAACCAGAUCAAUAACAUAAGUGAGCUCACUCCAGAGGGCAAAGCCGGAGCCACGUGGCCCAUCGGAAUCAACCCACCAUUCCGACCCAAAACCCGCUUUGAGGUGAUCAACUGGGAAUACUUCACUGAAGAGCAUAUUUAUUCAUGCGCUGACAGCUCUCCGAAGUGUGAGCUUCGGGGUGCGGACCGGGCAGAUGUCAAUUCAGUCCUGGAGACUGCAGUGGGCCGCCUGAAUGAGCGUUAUCAGCCCCAGUUGCGCUUCCGUAAGCAGCGUCUGCUGAACGGGUACCGACGCUUCGAUCCCACACGAGGCAUGGAGUAUGUGCUGGAUUUGGCCCUGGAAGCUUUUACCCAGAAGGGUCACAGUCAGGUCAUCGCCAAAAGGGUGAGUUUGCUGAAGCCGCUCAGUGCUGUCGAGAUCAUCCCUAUGCCAUAUGUGACAGAGGCAACACGAGUACAGGUCAUCCUCCCUGUGACGGCACACGACCAAGACUUUGUGGGUAACUUCCUUGACAUGUAUGUCAUGAAUGCUCUGGAUACCCAUGACAAUGCUCUGCUCACCUUCUUGUUUGUAUAUGACCCCUUCGAUGCCCAGCGAGUCAGCCAGACGGACGUCUUUGCCGGUGUCAAAGCCAUGAUUGGUGAGGUAGAGAAACGUUACAGUGAUGUAAAGAUUCCUUGGAUUAGUGUAAAGACGGAAGUUCCCUCACAGGUCAAGCUCAUGGACAUCAUCUCCAAGAAGCACCCAGUCGACACCUUGUUCUUCCUGGCCAGCGUAUGGACUGAGGUCAACGCCGACUUUCUCAACCGCUGCCGUAUGAACGCCAUCAGCAAUUGGCAGGUCUUCUUCCCAAUCCACUUUCAAGAGUACAGUCCCGCUCUGGUCUACCGCGACCAACAGCCUUCUGUCGCUUCAUCGUUUGCAUCUGAGGCGCUGCGCGAUGGCCACUUUGACCGCCACGUCUUUGAAGAAGCCUGCUUCUACAAUGCUGAUUACAUGGCUGCCCGCACAAAGAUGGCGGCUGACAUCUUGGACAAUGAUGAAUUGCUUGAGAGCAUGGACGUCUACGAGAUCUUUGUACGUUACUCUGGGCUGCACGUCUUUCGGGCUGUCGAGCCGGCGCUAGUUCAGAAGUAUGUGCACAGGGAAUGUAACCCGCGGUUCAGUGAGGACAUCUAUCACCGCUGCGUUCUUAGUAACCUCGAGGGGCUGGCCUCUCGAUCACACCUAGCAAUGGCUUUGUUUGAACAGGAGCAGGCUAACAGCACCUGAACUGACUACUACUGCAACAUUAAGAUGGAUUCAACUUUGAUUCUCCUUUAGGUGGCCUUAAAUGACCUACUGAUAUUGAUCGAGUAAAUUUCACCCUAAUGCUGUGAACAUCUCUGCAUAGUUCAUCCAGUGACUCAAUUCAAUUAAACACAGUGAAGUUACCUUGUUAAAGGGAUAGUUAACAUAAAAAUGAGAAUUCUGUCAUCAUUUACUCACCCUUGUAUCAUUUUCUUUCUUCUUCGGAUCAUAAUUUUUUUUUUAAGAAUGUCUUUGUUGUCCGUACAAUGAAUGUCAAAGGUGACCAAUUCAUCAAAAAAAUCACUUUUUUGUGAUCUGCAGGAAGAAAAUAAUGUAAUUCAAGUUCGAACCCAUUUUAAGUUGAGCAAACAUUGACUGAACUUCCAUUUUCUGGGUGAACAAUCCCUGUAAGGAUCUACAUAUAGUGGAACUGACUCAGAAAUGUGACUAAUUUAACCAGAGAUCAAUAUACAUGAAGUCUUCAUAAUUCACUUUAAAUAAAACCUGAAAAAUGGGUUUCACCUCGUUUACAUAAUUACAGAUGACUGAAUGCAGGAACCUCACGUUAGCAAGUGAAAUACAUAUAUACAUACUGUAUACAUAGUAAAAGAUGAAUUGUCAGACUUCUGAAGGUUAGUAGAGGUUCUAGUUUCAGCUAUGGAAGUAACUUGAGCCAUCUUUCUUCCUUCAGAUAUAUGAUUGUAUGACCUUUAAACAGAAUGUGCUGAAUAUUUCAGGAUUGAAUAAAUAAAUUAUCUGUGAAACCUGAUUAUGAUGCAA